AUGGAAAAUGAAAAGCGGUCUGAUCAUCUGCCCGGUGGUCCAGUGGGCAGUGAUGAUGAUCGCAACGAAUUCAACGGGGUUGUGCGUUUUUUCUUUCAAGGCGAUGAUGGAAAGUAUCAGGCCAAAUGUUUGCGUAUUUCCAAUACGGCCACCGCGUGUCAAUUGGUCAAUAUACUCGUGGAGAAAUUUCAUCCGGAUUUGAAAAUGCUUACAGCCGGUCGAUACGCUUUGUAUGAGUACCAGUCGUCCUCAGGAGGUGAGUUGAUCACAUGA